AAAGAAUUACUUUACAAGGUUAGUGCUUCUAGAGUAAAUUGGCGUAGUCGCACAUGCAACAUGGCAGGCAUGCCCAUGUGGUUGCUUACUUUGAUGCCUUUCCUCGGGCAAAUGCCGCAGAUUGGCGUGACUGGCGAUGCAUCUAUGACAUGAUCUUACACAAACCACAUCUGACCAAUGCGGAGUUUGCUUAAAUUGUGCGCAUCAAAGCAGGUAUGAAUAGAAAGAGAUGAAGAUAUAGUCCAAAACCACGCCGGGCAUGAAAAAAAAAUAUUAGUUUCCGGUGUAAGCACUUUUUUUGUCAGACAGAGCCCCGGGCUUUGUCUUGUCGGACACCAUAAAACCAAAAUACUGUCCGACAAGGCCCCAGGACUGUCAGACAAAAAAGGGAAAAAAAACUGAAAAAAAAAAAAACAGACAAAAAAGGGCAAUUACCAUGUUAUUAACUGAUAGAAACUUUAAUACAACCUUUUUUGAUCCUGCUGGUGGCGGGGAUCCCAUUUUAUACCAGCAUCUUUUUUGGUUCUUCGGUCAAAAAAUAACCACAGGAUGGCCGCAUUUGAGAGCAAUCCCAAAUUGAAUAAUGCCGCUAUUUGCUGGAAAGGCUAAAUGCCAUUAAGUACUCGGUUCAUAAGUGCGCGAAAAAAUCUCUUUUUUUACGCCCGAACCUGUGAAAAGCUUAUAUAUAGAUCUGAAUUAGAUCUUCAGUUCUAUAGGCAAUGCACAAUCAGCAGGAAACUUCAAAAAAAAAAAUGUAAAUGAAUGAAACAAAUAUUUUGACUUUACAAACAGGUGAAGGAUCCUCAGAGACUACACGCAGCGCAUCUCCUAUUGAAACAAGGAAUGAUGAGGAUCAAUUUAAAAAUGGGUUAGCUGGGAUGGUCAGAGACGAUACCCUUCCAUUGAAAUCAGUUUUCAAGACGGGGCCCUGUCUGACAAUGUCCGGGCCGAUUCGCUGCGUGCGCUUCUAGGCGCCGGCUCGAUCAGGCUCGAUUCAGACUAAAACGAAAAAGGGGGCUUUCGUGCUCUUUAUCAAUGCGUUAGAUGGUAUAGCUCGAGUUAUUCAUGAAAUCAAUGCCUUUAUGCGUACUUCCAAACACGAAACACUUUACAGGUUGAUGGAAUGGUUGCACGCAUAUGACACAACACUAUGUUUUCUGCCGCAGGAUCCGAAUGCUUUGUUUUCCAAUGCUUGGCUUUGCGGGUUUGCCUAGGGAUUUUAUGAUAGCUUCCAGAUUCGAACCACCAUAUCCAGUAGAUAUUGGCGCGUUUCCAUUUCGUUUGAGCUAGAAUAGAGUAAGCUGCAGAAACAAACGAAAAU